AAAACAAAAACGAAAAAAUUUCAACAUUCCACAAAUCGAAUAAAAGCAACAUUGUUAAAAUGUUAAAAACGAAUUUAAUUUAAAGUAACCGUAAGGAUACAGUCAUUUGACGCCAAAUCGAAUAACGGACUAACAUAGUAAGUGCCCAAAAAUUACGAAACGAAUCCAUGACGAAAUAUUAAGAGUAUGGACACGCCAUAGAAUUGCUGACUUGGUGAUGACUUAAAGGGGCAAAGUGCAAAGAUCUGUUUCAAUCGCACCUACUAUCGCAGGGAAUCUCAGUCCGACUAAUACUUAACGAUAUUGAAAUCCAUAAUGGCGGAGGAGAGCGAAUUCUUGGAGGCCUAUUCCGGAAUUAAAGAAGCCUAUAAAGCGGCCAUGGCUCAGGUGGAGUUGGCCAUUGGCCGCGAGGAGCAGGAAUCUCAACGAGAGGCUAUCGAGGCCUACGAGGUGGCCCUAAAAAUGAUAGAAGACACUUUCGCGAUUCCAGUUGGUCUUCCUGAUGAGUUUGACGCCGUGCUGACCGAGUGGAACGAUGCCUGUGCUUUGAUACAAAAACUGAAAAGCGCUAAAACGGAAGUCAGCUACCGAUUAAAGGGCCUGAGGUCCCAGAACCAACCCGUUGAUGAUUCGGCACAGGAAGCUACAGAGGAGAGAAGAACUGAAGUGGACGCCAAGAGGCCUAUGCUGGCAGAGAACCCCUCCACCUAUUACGAUAUAUCCAACGCUAGUGGAAGGCCAAAAACUUACAGGGAGCUCGCGGCCGGGUUGAGGGAGCUUUUGGCUGUUCCGGACUCCCAUGCUUUGCUGGAUGAACUCUUCCGCGCCCAGGUCAAAAUGUACCGCAUUGAGGCCAAUGGAUCGGUUACCUCCAUAAGCGGAUCGUCGACAAUGUCGCUGGUCAUGUGCACCGUGGGUGGACAAUGGAAGUACCUGAGUGGUAUCUACUUCAUCCAAUGCUCGAUGCCCAAUGAAGAGAGUGGGAUGAUUUGGCUUUAUCCCCUGGUUCCCUCGAUCUCCAACUGCUACCGCACUGAGUACGGAGCCUUUAUCUUUCCGGAUAUGGAGUGCCAACAGCCUGGAAACGCUUUUGGUUUGAUCCUAACGAAGGAAGCCCAGCCUUCCCCGAGCUCGGAGGAAGAACUGGAGGACCUGCAGCAGUUCUUCCUCGACUUGUUAGAGGCUGUACUUGCCGGUACCGUGGAGCAGUUGAAGUCUCCGACCUCCCAACGUGCUGGCUUCGCUCCUGAUACCGUUUCAGGUUCAGAGCAGGUGUCCAGACACAUUGUUAGUGCGGCUGACUUCAUUGCUCGUAAUGUGGUGAAGGGAGCCGAGAAGACCGGAGGCCUUAUGCUAAGGGGUACGCCGUAUCUCAUUUCCAAGAUGACGCCAGCCUCGGCCGAUGCUCCCACCCAGGUGCCCAGCUCAGUCCAGACUUCAGUUGAAGUGGCCCAAAAAGUUACGCAUGCCGCGGCCGGAAUGACAGGGUGGAUAGCCGGAAAGGUAUGCAGUGCGUCAGUGACUGUGGGUCGCUUUCUGGCUCCCCACAUCCAGGAGCAGGGAUCUAAGUUGCUGGAGAAGGGAUUCGGCUACGAAAGCAGCGAGGCCAACAGCACCAUGGAGGGGGCCAUGACUAUUGCAGCCGGAGCAGUCGAAGGUGUCAGCACCGUGUUCGAUGGCCUCGAGACAUCGGCCAAGAUCCUGGGCUGCAGCCUCAGCGAAAACUCUGUCAAAAUAAUUGAACACAAAUACGGACAGCCGGCUGGAAAUCUUGCACAGGAAACCUUUGACACGGUGGGCAAUGUGUUCGUGGUCAGCCAGAACGUAAACUACAUUACUCCUAAGGGAAUCGCCAAGAAAAUGGUCAAGCGUACCGGAGAAGCCGUGGUCAGCGACUACAAGUGCGACCUACGCAAGUCGAAAUCUCAUUACAUAAAUGCCGGAGCUCUGUAUCCGGAUCUUCGAGCCUUGAAGGAAUGAGUGCCCACACCAAAGAAGUUAUCCAUAUAUUUAAUAAUUGAUAUUGAAAUACUGAUAUGCCAUUUUAAGAUUUUAUAAUGCUUUUAUAGGCAAUGUAACCAUAAAAUCUCAUGCUUUAAAGUUUAAACUUAACUCAUAUUUACGCAUAGGGUUCUGCCCAACGGAUAUUCUUACUAUAAAACUUAUUUUGGUGUGACCUGUUAAGAUUAAAAUUAAAUUAUU